UUACCCGGCUUGAGUCCGGCUCAAUGAUGAUUUCUGCCAAAUUAGCUGAAAGCAAUUCACAAAGAGGCUAAUCGGGCAUCAUCGGAGAAUAAAACGGAGUCGGGUCACCCGGAUGCUCCGGCCGUCGUCAUUCCGACGGCGGUUCUAGAAGUGGAACGUGACCAAAAAGUCCAAAACCGGCACAAGCACGCAGAAAACGAACGGCCGUAACACACCAAACACCGAGAAGAUUCGACAGGCUCACCUCCUUUGACCUUCGGCCCAGCGCGAGCGCGACCAUCUCUCUGGAGAAUCCGCCGGCCUCCUCCUCCUCCUUCUCCUCUUCGAUCCCUUCGAAGUGAAACCAAAACUCAAUCUCGUGAGGCGAGCACACGCAGUGAGCGACUCGAAGGACGAUGGGGCUCUUCGAGCUCGCCGUGGCUGGCGGCGGAUUCAUCUCCAUCGGCGCGCUCGAAGCUCUCGCAGCGUCGGGCUCGCUCGCGCGCCGGACGGGCAGCCCUGGCCCUCCCUCGCCUCUCGGCCCGAUCGCCUCUUCUACGCCGCGAUCGCCGCCCCGAUCGAGGACGAAGAUAGGAACGUCCUUGAUCUCACUCGUUUCGGUCUCCGUUCUCUCCAUCCUGUUCGUAGUCAACUCCCUGAUCUCGGUCACGGACGCGGCCGGCGCGCGCGACCGCGUCGGUUCGGCUCUCCAGUUGCAAGUCGUGCCGGUGGCGGCGCUGUUCUUGCUGUACUCGGUUGCUGGAAUUUUAGUCAAUUUGUUGAGCUCGUUUCCUUUGAGCUCUUCGUUGGUCGAUGUGAUUGCUCUGUUCGCUUUCGUGGAGGAGUUCUUGGUAUAUUACUUCCAGAGGAAGGACACGAGUGGGAUUGAGAACAGGUACUUCGAUCUCAUGCUCGUGCCCAUCACGAUAUGCACGUUCUCUACGAUUCUCGGGUUGAAAUCCCCGAAAUCGGCGUUCCCAAGAUUGGCGCGAGCUGUGGGUUUGGUGCUCCAGGGAACGUGGUUUUUGCAAAUGGGGUUUUCUUUUUACACCGGCUUGGUUGCGCAUGGGUGUUGGUUGCAUGGGAAGAGUAGAGGGAAUUACACGGUUAAGUGCAAGGGGCAUCCUGAGUAUCAUAGGGCUAGAGCGAUCGCAACGCUUCAGUUCAAUUGCCAUCUUGCUCUGCUUGUGACUGUAGUGGUCGGGGUUUACUCCCUGAUCGCGCAGAAGAAUGGGAUCCAAGGGGAUUUUGCAAAGUACAGGCCCUUAGGGAUAGAAGUUCAGAGCUUGGGCAAUCAUGCCCAGUUUACUCUGGACUCUGAUGAAGAUGUGGAUGACGGGAUCAGGGAAGAGGAGAAUGCGGGGAAGCCGAAGGGUGCUGCGAUAGAGUUGAGUGCCAAUGGAUAUGGUUCCCACCAUUGAGGGGAGAGAUAAUGAAGUUUCUUGUUUGAGAAGGCUGACUUCAUGAUAUCAAUUUGCCAAGUGCUUAGAGAAGAUGAACCCGAUUCUUGCUGUACAAAGUGAACUGAGGUAGCUUUUAUGUUGGUUUUCGGUUCUGUGCAAAAAUUUUCAGUUGCUAUAGUUUCCUGCUGCAAUGGUCGAGCUAAUUCUUUCAUGUUUGUGAUAUGUAUCGAAUUUCUGUCUCUGUUUGGAUCAGGUCAGAAACCCUCUACCGAAAUGGGGGAAGCAUAUAAUAAAAUUCAAACUCUUUGAGUAUGGUUCCCAUUGA